GAGUCAGUGACCCGCAAGAGCAUCUUGACGCAAAGGUCGACUCGUAUCAGAAAAUAGCAUCAGACCAUGACAUUGUCUUCCUUCUCUUACAACAGCUUCCAUUUCAACCCAUGGAUGAAACUGACGAAACGGCAGGCUCUGGGAGGAGUGGGAGCGAGGUGGUUCCGCACAAGACGCGCAGACCGCACAGGAAGUCGCGGUACGGCUGCACCAAAUGCAAAGUGCGCAGGAUCAAGUGUGAUGAGCGCGCGCCACGAUGCUCACGGUGCGAGAAGCUCAACCUCGUCUGCGUCUACCGCAAGAAGAAGGAUGCGGACGGCGGGACAGAUCCGUCUGGACUCUCCUGGUCCGAGUUGGAGCAGACACUGCCGCCGACAGAACUGGACCUGUUCAAGCACUAUCUUGAGCACACCAGCCGGGACCGCACCGUCGGCGACCAGGACCGGUACGCGCUGCAGGUCGGCAUCCCGAACCUGGCAUUCCAGUGCAAGCCUCUGAUGCGAUCAGUGCUGGCGCUGGCCGCGGUGUGCAAGUGCUGUGACAUUAUCAACCAACACCCUCCAGCGUCUUGUACCGAGUCAUCCCGCGGCGAAGUGAUCGCGCUGUUGUCGCGGGCACAUGGCUACCAUCUCGAGUCGAUGCGCGAGAUCCAGGCGACGCUGCACGAGCCCAAGAACUACAACCACAUCCUCGCCAACGCCGCCAUGAUGGGCAUGUACGGCUCGGCAAGCCACGGCGCCCGCAUCUGGCUAGCGAAGACGGCACCCUCCGGCGACGACCGACAGCUGUUCGGCCUGAUGAUGCCCGGGAAUCCCCAGUGGUUGGGCCUCUUCCGCGCCGUCCGUCUCGCUUAUGCUGGCCUUCUCAAGAACUCGCCCCAGUCUAGCCCGGGCAGCUCGUCAGUUGAUUUUGGUAUGCAGUACGGAUACAAGACUGGGCCUCUGGUUCCGGUCGAGGAGGUGAGGAGCUUCAUCGUCACGAGCCACCCGCUGGGUUCCAUCCUGGCCGCUACGGUGGGCUCCGCACUGGCGAGGGUCAACGAGAAGGCGAGCAAGGUCCAGGCGACCCAUGGCGCGAGUGCCGAGCUUCAAGCGUGUUCCACGGCUCUGGCGAUCUUCAACGACAUUGUGGCCAAGUCCCUCCUUGCACCGUCCCCACCCGCCAGCGACGCUUCCCCCAGAACGCCGGGGCACGACCACAACCCUCCGUUGCCUGUCGCCGACAUUGGAGAAGAAGAAAAUGACCCGGUGGGACGGCUGGCCGAGAUCUCGCCCUGGCUGCGACGGUACGCGGCCAGCAUCUCGUCCAUGGUACCCUCCAAACUGCCUCGCAGGGUCAUCAUGUCGUUCGUGCACAAGGUCCCGAGCGCCUAUCUCAACCUGAUCGAAGACAUGACCAGCCUGAUCGACACUGGGCCUCCUCCCGCGGGUGGAACGGUGCCGGUGCCGGUGCCUAGUAUAGCGCACCAACUCGCUGUCGAGAUAUUCGCGAACUGGCUUGUCCUGGCAAUCUUGCUGGAUAACGUGUGGUGGAUCGGGGGUAUUGGAGCCUGGGAACUCGGGCGGUUCGUCUCGGUCAGAAGAUUUCCGGGAUGGGAAGCGUGUUUGUGGAAUCGGGACAGGGACUGGUGGCCGGAGAGCAUGCUCGAGGUCAGUCGACAGUUUGACAAGCACAGGUGAGACCGGUGACCACCUAGGUAAGCCAGAAAGAAACUGGA